UCUCUCCUGCCUCUUGUUCCCGCCACCCUCCAUAGACGAAAGAGCAUCAGCAGCCGAGAGCCCGCAGCCAGGGGCGCUGCCACCCGCCAGGAUGCGGUGCCACAAGUUUUGGGCCGCGUGUUCGGUUGGAUUUUACAUGUGGACUGCCUUUCUCUUCAAAGGAUCUCUGCAAGGAGAGUACCAGAGGAGACUUUACAAGGACCUGCUUGCUAACUACAACCGACUAGAAAGGCCGGUGGUCAAUGACUCAGCUGCCAUCCUGGUGGAGCUGGGCUUCACUCUUCUGCAGAUUAUCGAUGUGGAUGAGAAGAACCAAGUGUUGAUGACCAAUGCCUGGCUGCAGCUGUACUGGACUGAUGUCUACCUGAGCUGGAACCCAGAACACUACCCUGGUGUCCAAAACCUUCGAUUCCCUUCAGACCAGAUCUGGACUCCUGACAUCCUUCUCUACAACAGUGCGGAUGAUCGUUUUGAUGCCACCUUUCACACCAACGUUCUGGUGAAUGCGUCGGGUUACUGCCAGUACAUCCCGCCCGGCAUUCUGAAGAGCACUUGCUACAUUGACGUGCGUUGGUUCCCCUUCGAUGUCCAGAAGUGUGACUUGAAGUUUGGCUCCUGGACACACAAUGGCUGGCUGCUGGACCUCCAGAUGCUUGACGUGGACACGUCCACCUACAUACCCAAUGGCGAGUGGGAUCUUGUGGGUGUCCCAGUCAAGCGCAAUGAGCUCUACUAUGACUGUUGCAAGGAGCCCUACCCUGACGUGACCUUCACAGUCACCAUGCGCCGCAGAACGCUUUAUUACGGCCUCAAUUUGCUCAUUCCCUGCGUGCUGAUUUCUGGCUUGGCCCUGUUGGUCUUCCUGCUGCCUGCUGACUCAGGAGAAAAGAUCUCUCUAGGAAUCACCGUACUGCUUUCGCUGACUGUCUUCAUGCUUCUGGUUGCUGAGAUCAUGCCGGCCACCUCUGACUCGGUUCCUCUCAUCGCUCAGUACUUUGCCAGCACCAUGAUGAUAGUAGGAAUGUCGGUAGUGGUGACUGUGAUAGUCCUGCAGUUUCAUCACCAUGACCCGCAGGGAGGCAAGAUGCCUAAGUGGGUUCGGGUGGUCCUGUUGAACUGGUGUGCUUGGUUUCUGCGCAUGAAGCAACCUGGCGAUGAGCGCAGGCGUCCCGGCUACAAGCUCCGGCAUCCAACCCAGCAUCACUCCAGCACCAACUCGAUUGAAAUGGGCGCCAUUCCGAGCCUCUCUAUUCCACCCUCCCAAACUUCCUGUCCACCAUGCACCUCGGGCACCUCCAAUGGUUCAAUGAGCCUCUAUUUUGGCAGCUAUCACCCAAUGGAGAGUCCACAGUGCCCUCCUUCCAGUGACUCUGGUGUAGCACUGGGGGGUCGCAUUCAUGGCUCCCCUGGUGAAGAGGCUGAGCCCCCCGGUGUUUGUAGUAAUGUUUUGGGAAUGUGUGCUGGUUUGGGAGUUAGGAUCCCGCCACCAGAGAUUCAGCGCAUCUUGGAGGAGGUGACCUACAUUGCCCAGCGCUUCCGGGAUCAGGAUGAGGCUGAGGCCAUUAGUAGUGAGUGGAAGUUUGCAGCAGCGGUGGUGGACCGUCUCUGCCUGGUGGCCUUCUCACUCUUUUCCAUCAUUUGUACCUUCACCAUCCUCAUGUCAGCACCCAACUUCAUAGAGGCUGUCUCCAAGGACUUCACAUAGCUGGAUUCAGAAAUAUUAUAUAUAUAUACAUAUAUAUAUAACAACACGGUUUCCUCUCACAUUCCAAAAAACAUGC